AUGAAGAGACGAGAUAAACUGAAAAUCCCCUCCCUGACUUUAGAUUUGUCCCCCACUUGCCAGAGUCCAACCCUCCUGAGCCCCUGCAGCCCCUGUAGCCCCUGCAGCCCCUUACAAACCCUUCAUCCCUGGAGCUGUCGCAGCAGCAACAGGAAAAGCCUCGGGGUCGGGACGCCCUCACCCACACUGUCCAGGCCACUCUCCCCGCUCUCACUCAGCACAGCUGUGAGCAGCCCUCUGGACAGCCCUCGAAAUGUGUCAGCCAGUGCCUGCCUCAACUUUCCAUUCGCUCGAAGAGCUGAGGGCAGACGGUGGUCUCUGGCUUCUCUCCCAUCUUCGGGCUAUGGAACCAAUCCACCGAGCUCCACUGUCUCGUCCUCCUCGUCCUCCCAGGAGCGACUUCACCAGCUUCCCUACCAGCCAACACAAGACGAGCUGCACUUCCUUUUCAAGCACUUUCGCAGCACGGACAGCAUUACAGAUGAGGACGGACGGCCCUCGACGGUCAUACGACCUCGAUCGCGAAGCCUCAGCCCCGGCCGAUCAAGUGUCUCCUUUGAUAAUGAGAUAGUCAUGAUGAACCAUGUCUACAGAGAACGCUUUCCGAAGGCCACAGCUCAGAUGGAGGAGCGCUUGUUAGAGAUUAUCACUCACUACUCUCCAGACAGCUCCCUCCCGUUGGCUGACGGCGUGCUGGGCUUCAUCCAGCACCAGUUGGUCGAGCUGGUUAGAGACUGUUUGGACAAAUCCCAGAAAGGCCUGGUUACUACCCGCUAUUUUGCCGAGCUGCAGGAGAAGCUGGAAAAGCUGUUUCACGAGGCUUACGAACGCUCUGAAAGCGAGGAGGUAACCGUCAUCACCCAGCUGGUGCGCAAGAUUCUCAUUAUAAUCUCUCGACCAGCUCGUCUCCUAGAAUGCCUGGAGUUUGACCCGGAAGAGUUUUAUCACCUACUUGAGGCAGCGGAGGGUCACGCCAAAGUGGGCCAGGGGAUCAAGACAGACAUCCCGCGGUACAUCAUCAGCCAGCUUGGUCUGACCCGAGACCCGUUAGAAGACAUGGUGCAGCUUGAACAUGAGUUUACAGAUUUUAACCUCAAACUCAACAAACUGCACUAUUCAACUGCACCUUAUUCACCACAGACGCUGACCCCUACUCGAAGAAAACCUCUUGAGAGAGAUUUUGAGACCAUCAAACUCAUUAGUAACGGAGCAUACGGGGCAGUGUAUCUUGUUCGCCACAAAGAAACGGGACAGAGGUUUGCUAUGAAAAAAAUUAAUCGUCAGAACCUGGUGUUGAGGAACCAAAUCCAGCAGGCGUUUGUGGAGCGGGAUAUUCUAAUUUUUGCAGAGAACCCUUUUGUUGUUUCCAUGUUCUGCUCCUUUGAGACACGACGCCACCUCUGCAUGGUCAUGGAGUAUGUUGAAGGUGGAGAUUGUGCCAACCUAUUAAAGAACAUGGGCCCGCUUCCUGUGGAAAUGUCAAGCAUGUAUUUUGCUGAAACAGUUCUGGCUCUGGAGUAUCUUCACAACUAUGGCAUUGUGCAUCGUGACCUUAAACCUGACAAUUUAUUGAUCACAUCCAUGGGUCACAUUAAGCUGACAGACUUUGGUUUGUCUAAAAUCGGCUUGAUGAACAUGACCACAAACUUGUAUGAGGGUCACAUUGAAAAGGACACAAGAGAAUUUGUUGACAAGCAGGUGUGCGGUACUCCAGAGUACAUUGCUCCAGAGGUGAUCCUCAGACAGGGCUAUGGGAAACCAGUGGACUGGUGGGCGAUGGGAAUCAUCCUCUAUGAGUUCCUUGUGGGCUGUGUUCCAUUUUUUGGAGACACUCCUGAGGAGCUUUUUGGACAAGUUGUCAGUGAUGAAAUCAUUUGGCCAGAAGGAGAUGAUGCUUUACCUGUUGAUGCCCAGGACCUCAUCACCCGGCUGCUGAGGCAGAGCCCUUUAGAACGAUUGGGGACAGGCGGUGCCUCUGAGGUGAAGCACCACCCUUUCUUUCUGGGUUUGGACUGGAAUGGACUCCUCCGACAAAAAGCGGAGUUCAUUCCUCAGCUUGAGGCAGAGGACGACACCAGCUACUUUGACACUCGUUCAGAUCGCUACCAUCAUUUGGCCUCUGAUGAAGAUGAAGAAACCAACGACGACGACGAGUCUUUGGAAAUCAGACAGUUUUCCUCCUGGUCCCAUCGCUUCAGCAAGGUUUACAGCAGCACAGAACAUCUGGCGACACCUUCCAACCUGAGCUUCUCUUCGGACCGCAGUCACAGUGAAGACAAAGAGGACCGUUUGGAUGUUGGAGGACUGAAUUUGUCCCCGGGCCCAACAGAUGGCAGUGUGGAAAUCCGACAUUCUGGACGCAUGACCAGCCUUCGCCCUCGAACCUCGUCCAGUUCCUCCCAGUCUGAAAGAAGCACCAGUCCUUUGGUGAUGAGCAGCACCCACAGCCUGGAGACGAUGCCCCGUUUCGCCCUCUCCACUGACGAUGAAGCUGAGGUGGUGGUGUCAAACCUCAGGAGGAUCAGGAUUCGAAGCAACAGCACCGGGGCCAAACAUUCAUCCCCCAAGGACCCAGCAGGCCCUCGACGCUUUGGAAACCAGCUGGAGACUCCAGACAGACAGAAGCUUCCCUGUGGAGGAAAAGUUCCCAAGUCAGCCUCCAUCUCAGCUCUGUCCCUCAUCAUUACAGCAGAUGAUUCACCCAGCGGCCUACAGCCCAGUCCCAUUUCCCCACGCUCUCUGUCUUCCAACCCAUCAUCUCGGGAUUCAUCCCCCAACAGGGAUUUCUCAUUCAGUCCUGGGAGUCUCAGGCCACCAAUCAUCAUUCACACCUCGGGAAAGAAGUAUGGCUUUACCCUGCAGGCCAUCAGAGUCUACAUGGGUGACAGUGAUGUCUAUACUGUGCAUCAUAUGGUGUCGAGCGUGGAGGACGGCAGCCCAGCUCAUCAGGCAGGCCUCCGCACUGGAGACCUCAUCACCCACGUGAACGGAGAGCCUGUUCAAGGGCUCGUCCACCCAGAGUUGAUUGAACUGCUCCUGAAGAGUGGCAAUAAGGUGACUCUUCAAACCAUAGCACUUGAGAACACGUCGAUCAAAGUCGGUCCGGCUCGAAAGACCAAGCACAAAGGGAAGAUGGCUCGCCGCAGCAAGAAGAGCAAAAGGAGAGAUAAUUAUGACAGGCGACGAACCAUCUUAAAGAAACUCUCCAAGCAAAGCACAGUGAUACACAGCAGUCGCAGCUUCUCUUCAGGUCUUCAUCAUUCAGUUUCCUCCAGUGAGAGCCUUCCAGGCUCCCCAACACACAGCCUGUCCCCUGGUCCCUCGACACCCUGCAGGAGUCCGGCACCAGAACAUCAGGGCUGCGACAACUCUCCUCAGAGCACAUCUCCCUGCUCAAGCUCGCCCAGUUCUCCCGCCACACACAUCCGGCCCAACUCUCUUCACGGCCUGGGCUCCAAACUUAGCACGCAGCGCUACGCUAAGGUGGGCCGACGGAAGUCGACCAGUAACAUUCCCCCUUCACCUCUGGCCUGCAACUCCUCCUCGUCCUCCAACCAGCCACUAUCCCCACAACGUUCACCAUCUCCACUGCCAGGCUUCUCCAAAUCCCUUCACACUUUUCAUGGCAAAACCUUAUCUCCCCCCACCAUCGUUCGGCACGGUGUCCGGCCACGCAGCGCAGAGCCACCUCGGUCUCCUUUGCUUAAGCGAGUACAGUCUGCUGAAAAGCUGUCUGGUGUGUAUCUUGCUGACAAGAAGUCAUAUGCCCCCCGCAGGCACACGCUGGAAGUGCCGUUUUAUGGAGAGUGUGACUUGCUGGGUGAUUUUGAGGCAGAAGGAGCAUGUGGAGGAUUUUACAUCUCUGCAGAUCACAGCAGACUGGGGGGCUACAUGGGCAACCAAAGGAUACGAGACUCUGGGAUCGAACGAUCAGAGCAGCUAGUUGUGAUGAGGAAGCUCAACCUGUCAGAGCGGCGAGACUCCUUCAAAAAGCAGGAGGCGGUGCAGGAGGUGAGCUUUGACGAGCCAGAGGAGAAAAGCAGCAGCAUAAUGACAGGAACCACUACAGUGCCAGGAGCCCAAACACAGCAGCCGCACUGGAAGCCUUGGAUGGUCUCUCAGUCUCAGAGCCGGGAGGAUGUGGAGCUAGAAGUACCAGUGGUGAGGAGGUUCACACUGGUGCCUCAGAUCGCUGUUCAGGGCUCAACAGAGAGUGAGGAGCAGGACGAGUGGGAGCCGUGCUCGGAUGAAGAGGAAUCCAACAAAAACCUGGAGCUGGAGGUCUUUUCAUCACAGCAGGAACAACCAGAACAUCUUCACACCGAACGCACUCUGGCAGCAGGAACUUCAUCCACCCGUCAUCAAGAUGCUCCAUCAUCUCUGACUGCAGAGCGCAGUGAGGACAAACUUCAAAAAGAACACAUUAGAAAGUGAACCCAUCACUGUCUUCAUUUCAGCUGUUUGUUUCUGUUAUGAAUCCUCUCAAUUAAAACAAAAUGAAGCCGAGUUGUUUCCAGUUCGACCCACAUAAGUGCAAGUUGUAAAC